GUGGUAGGUGAGUGAGGUCGGAAUCCGGCGUGGAAUCGGUUUGUUUUGGCAGCGCUUCCCUCUGUGGCCGUUCUUUGCUCCGGGAGGGGUUCCGUGUUCACAGGUAAAAUUUUGCCAUUGACGACCACAGCCAUGUUGGCAUCAAGGUUGGUGUGCCUUCGGGCUCUCCCUUGCCUACGGCCUGCACACCUUCAGGCUUCACCUGCACUGAGAAAUUCUGCUCUAAAGACACAGCAUUGGCUCUCACAGCCUUCUAAGGGAUAUGCCUCCAAAGCCAGGUUUGGUGUACGCAAGGGGAGAACUGGUCAAGAAAUUAAGGAAGCGGCUUUUGAACCAUCAAUGGAGAAAGUGUUAAAAGUUGAUCGAAUGGGGAGAUGGAUUGUCGCCGGAGGUGCUGCUGUCGGCCUUGGGGCAGUUUGUUACUACGGAUUGGGGAUGUCCAAUGAGAUUGGAGCCAUUGAAAAGGCCAUUAUCUGGCCGCAGUAUGUGAAAGACAGAAUCCGUUCCACCUACAUGUAUUUUGCAGGAAGUGUUGGUUUGACAGCAUUGUCUGCUGUUUUAGUUAGCAGAUCUCCAGCCCUCAUGGGUCUCAUGAUGAGGGGGUCUUGGUUGGCAAUGGGUGCGACAUUUGCUGCAAUGAUUGGUGCUGGAAUGCUGGUUAGAUCAAUAGAUUAUGAACAGAGCCCUGUCCCUAAACAUCUGGCUUGGAUGCUGCACGCAGGUGUCAUGGGUGCCAUUGUGGCUCCUCUCACUCUACUGGGUGGCCCCCUGCUCAUUCGAGCUGCUUGGUACACAGCAGGAAUCGUUGGCGGUCUCUCGACUGUGGCUAUGUGCGCACCGAGUGAGAAGUUUCUGAACAUGGGAGCGCCACUGGGAGUGGGCUUUGGCCUUGUGCUUGCUUCUUCCCUUGGAUCAAUGUUCUUUCCUCCUACGACUGCUUUUGGCGCCGGCCUCUAUUCCGUCGCAGUUUACGGUGGCUUGGUACUUUUCAGCCUGUUCCUGCUCUAUGACACUCAGAAAGUCGUACACCGUGCAGAAAGUCAACCACUGUAUGGCGUAGGGCUACAAAAGUAUGACCCCAUCAACAUGUGUAUGGGUAUAUACAUGGAUACUCUAAACAUCUUCAUCAGAGUCGCCACCAUGCUUGCUACCGGCAGUGGCAACAGGAGAAAAUAGACCGCAGCUUCCUUCCUCGGACCGAACUGAUAGCUCUCCGAAAACUUUGGCUUGUCUGAUUAGCACAUAAUAUCUCCUAAAACUGCCGCUGGGUUGGAAGGCAGCUUUCAUGUAGCAGUCAGAUAUUCCUAGCCCUUCCACGUGACCUUUUAAGGUGUUUUCGGAGUAAUGUGAUUUGGAUCUUAACACUGAUGUGGAAACUAGAUUGCUGCAUGUCAUUAAAUCAUUUCUCCCUGAUUUGGGGGGGUUUGGAAAUGUGUAAGAAGUUUAUUUUAAAACGUAGAUUUGUAGCCGGUGUAAGUUUAAUUUCCUCCUCUUAAAAGGCGAAGUUUUGGUCUUGCUCCGUAUAUAGGAGCAGACCCAAAGGGCACUGCAUUUAAACCAAAAUGAACGUCAAAGGGAGCUGUAUUUGGAAGUUAUUUGCAACAGAUUGUGCCCCGCGGCAUACUCUUUGGUGGUGACUGAAUGUAGAAUACUCCGGACUAAUAACAGAAAUGGCUAAUAAAAUAAACUCUCUAAAAGGAUAUUUGUUAGGAUCCUCUUUGCAUUUCCCUUGCAGACAAUCGGGGAACUUACCAGCAGGCUAUACUGUAUUGUAUUUGUACUACUGUCGCACAAAUGCCAUCAGCUAAGUGUCGCUUCUCUUUGAAGAGAUUGCGGAAGCAACGCUGAAGUGCAGGUUAACUCAAGAGUUGCUUUUCGCUAUCGCUAACAGCAAGGGUAAAGGAAUCCAUUUGAGCAUUUCUGACCUGCUUUUUCUUUUGAAGUCAAACUGGGACACAAUUUUAACUUGGAAAUCCACAUCCCUCUCUUCCAGGCUCAAAAUGUUACCUUUCAACUGGCAGUUUUCUUUUGAUAUUUAUCAAAAUAUAAAUAUCACAGAACACUGAUUUCUAAAAGAUGUCUAAUUCAAGAGCCACACUUCUGCAAAGAAUUUUUUUUAAAAAGCUGGGAAAGCACAUGUUUGUGAAUUCAUUCAUCAGACGGAAAAGAAGUCAUUUUGGAAAUUGCUAGACCUCUUUAUUUCCAUAGUACUCAUCUAUUAUUUUUAAGUAUUGUGGCACAGCAAUUCAGUAACUUUCUUUUCUAUCCGCUUUUGCCAUUUGUGCUUGUACCAGCUUCUGAAACAAAGUCUUAGCCGAGAAAUGUAUUGGUCUUGUUUUCUGUGCUACUUUACUUAAAACUGUACUUUUAAAAACGCUUUUCAUAUACUUGAAGGCACUUGAGCAGUUUUCAUUUCCCUGCCGAAGUUAUGCUUUUUAGGGGAAACUUCACAAAAAUGAGUGUUCACAGGUCAUACUCUGUUUAGUAAUCUGCCAGCUCCAUAGAACUUUCCUUUCCCUCCAGCAGGCAUCCAUAUUCGGGGCUUUUUUUUUGUUUCCUUGUGUUUUGCGCCUACAGCCUUAGAGGCUUCUGAAUGUUGUUGGCGGGGAGCCUUGGAAAGUGGCUCAAACUGUCAGAAGGGGUUUUCCUUGAGAGGAGACAUGUUUUUGGAGAUGGAUCUUUCUGCAGACCCAUCAGAGUCUGGGGACCCUGGGUGCUUGUGCAAGGGAUCCUGGUAUAUGCCCUGAAUCCAGCAGCAGCAACUCCCUCACCUGCCCAGGUGUAGGGAACCUGAAAAGCUUGCUCCAGCGCUCCCAGAGGUUCUGAGUGGAAUCUACACACGUAUAAAAAAUGAUGUGAAAAUGCUUUUUUAUGUUAACAUUUCGAAAAAUAAAUUGAAAGUGCCAUAGCUCACUGUCGCAGUCUAGUGUCACAUUUGUAUCUCGCACCUUACAACACACUUAAAACGUUUUAUCUGCAGCUGUAUAGCUGAGUCCCUGGUACACUGUGAAAAGGGGGAAGGGGGCUGGCUCAUGCCCACCCCCCACAGGAUGCCACCACUUUGUAUUUGAAGGGCUGGCCUAUCUGGGACAGGCUUUUGGCUGCCCGCAGCCUGACGUCCGAUUCACCCAAAAGUGGUGCCAGGUAGGCCAAAAAAUGGGCCCUCACUGCCAUGACCUGCAAGUCAUGGUUUUCGCCAAAAUUCCACCGUCAUCCGAUUCACUCGAAAACCGCACCAAAUACCUGCAAAUGCCCCCCCCCUGCAGCUUUGGGUGGUGGAAACACCACGUUUUAUGGUAGGCCAAAGAAAGGCCUCGGCGCCCUGACCUGCGGGUCAUGGUUUUUGCCAAAAUACCGAAGUCUGGUUCACUUGAAAAAGGCGCCAAAUACCUGCAAAUGGCCACCUGCAGCGUUUGACGGUGCAAACAUGUUUCCUGGUAGGCAGUGGCCAAUUUGCAGGUGUUUGGUGCCGUUUUCAAAUGAAUUGGAGGAUGUCGGAAUUUUGGCGAAAACGGAAUUUUGUCAGAGCGCCAACGGCUCAUUUUUUGGCCUAUGCGGAAACGCAGUAUAUGCAGCUCCAAACUGCAGUGGCCAAUCUGUGCAGGUUUUUGCGCCAUUUUUGCGUGAAUCGGUGCAAAUGCUGCAUUUCCUAGUAGGCCCCCAAAUGAGCCCUUGGUGCCCUGACACGGUUGUUGCCAAAAUUCUGACGUCCGAUUCACUCGAAAACGGCGCAAAACACCUGCAAAUUGUCCCCUGCAGAGUUUGGUGCUGCAUACGCCAUGUUUCCACGUAGACCAAAAAAUGAGCCAUCGGAUUAGUUUUCAGAAAUCGGGCAAAUGCCUCGUAAAACCAGCCACGGGGGUUAAAUAGUGCCAAAAAUGCCUUUUGAAAAUGCUCCAAAAAUUUCUUGGUGCUUUAAUGUCUGGCGCAUUUGAGUGUUCCACAGGGGAAAAUGAAAGCUUUGAUCCCCAGUGCCUUGAAACCAUUGAUGGGUUGUGAAUCAUAGGCAUCUACAUUGGCUGUGCUCCUUUGAGCAAAGAAAGGUGUGCUACUGUCACACCUUAUUUUGAACUUCAUUUUUUUAAAAAAGCAUUCAUUGUGCGUGGCCUUUUGGACUUUGACACUAUCCUGAUGAGACUGCACACCUUCCGCCCAGGAGGUGUUUUACGAAAGUAUUUGCAAAGGUUCCGGUCCUUCUGUUAAUCAUAAACUUUGACAUUAUAGUGCUGUGCUAGAAUUUUAUUAUUUACAGUUGAUAAUGCUCUGAUCCUGGAAUGCCACAGUGACAUAUAAAUUAACCUAUGUACUUGUGCCGGGGGGGGGGGAAUUCAUAUGAAAACGGAUGUAUUGAAAUAUGGGUGAUAUUAUUUCUGUUGGGAGUGACAGAUUUGGGGAAGAUGUUAAGACCAUAUGUAUUGUUUUUGUUGGAUUAAUAAAUUAAGAUAUGAUGUUCAUUUCCCUCCCCGUCACCUGUUGACAGAGGCUGUCCUGGUUUCUGAUUUGAUCCUGGAAUGUCCUGCUUCUAUAAUGUACAUAAAGAAGAAUAAUCAAGGGUGAAAAAUUGGUGAAAAAUAUCACUCCCUCUGUCAAGGGACAGAGAUUAUGGGAAUUGUAGUGCAAAACACCUGAUUGGAGAAAGCAGUUGUCCUCACUGAGUCCUAUAAAAGUCCAGGCUUGUGAAACAAAUAGACCUUUUCCCCGCUCAAGGCCUCUCUCUCUUUCCACCUUCCCUGUGAGAGAAGCGGGGUUUGAUUUAUUAGUCCCAAAAUCCAGGAUCUAAGCAGUGAAGCUGCUUUAUGAUAUAUAUUGGCAGAUGUCCAGCUCUGAGCUGUUAAUCCUGAAUAAACCAGUACAAAGGCCGAGGCUCCUACGGCAAUCAUGUUUUAUCAUACCUGGCCGCCCCAAUAAAUAAAUGUUGCAUCGCUGUUGGUGAACAGCAACAACUGCCUGAGUCCUUUUGGGUGACAGUCUGCAGCCGGGUGGAACCAUGAAGUUUUUGAACCUCCUCGGCUUCCUAGUCAUCUUGAUUCUCUGCCUCGGGACCUUUUCAGCUGAAAGCGCAGGUCCUAAAGGUAGAAGAAUUUGCUGCCACAAAAUGAAGACUGCACAUCACAAGAGAAAGAUAAAUACCAGACAUGCCAAGCGACAUGACUGUGUGCCUUGCCAGAGAUUUAGACAGCCAAACGUACCCCUUCCUGUUGGACCACUUCCUCUCAACUGACGUAAAAGUUUCAGAAGAUUGGGGCAAACACAUUUCAUAAGCCCACAUGGCUUUGAGUUCUCCCUUCCCACCUUCAUUCCCCUCAUUAAACUUUCUCCAUCCA